UUAUUUAAUUUAUUAUUUUUACAUAAAAAAAUAUGCAAUAAAUUAUUCGAAAGAUGAUUUCUUGGUAAAAUUACUACGAACAAAGUUAUAAUAGGAUGUAUUAACAACGCCAGGUGUACGCGGCGCGUGACACUGUUGUGCUUCCUUUUCAUAUGCGCGCCGCGCGGAUAGUAAAAUCGCAGAUUAUUUGCAACGGCGAAUCGAACACCUGAAGCCGAAACCGGAGGCUGGUGAGAGGAAUCUUCGCGCACAUAAUGAAUGUCGUUCGGAUCAACUCGAAGAAUGUGAUAUUCCUUUUCAUGGCGCUCCUGUCAACCUCCGUUCAAGAGGCUCGUAUGGAUUACGGUACUGCGACUAGCUAUGCUCUGAAAGAAGCCAAUGUAAACUCCACGCCAGCUUACAGCAGUAAAAAGGUACAGAAGGGAUUGGUUAAAUUACAGGAGGAAAUGGCUGGGCUGUGUCCAAGUGGGACACCUUGCAUAGAAUUGAGCGGGGAAUGCCUCAAGUGUAAUUUAAAUUACAGCUGUAAAUAUGGAUCAAUGUACGAGGCAAACUGUUCUGUCAUGGAGCAUGUUGAUUGUAUAGGAGAACAGACUUUUAUGAAGAAGUACAUUUGCCGUUAUUGUUAUCAAACUGAUCACUGGGAGCAUCAAUGUCAUCAAAAAAAUUCCUGUAGCUCAGUAGCAUCUCCUCAGCAGUAUUACAGAACAAAUUGCACGGUAAACGACGAUAUACUAUGUCUGGGCAGGCGAAAGUUUAUGAAAAAUCUGCCUUGCAACUGGACAGUUGGAUAUCGUUGGUCUACAGCUUUGAUCUUGAGCAUUACUCUCGGAGGAUUUGGUGCAGAUAGGUUUUACUUGGGACACUGGCAAGAAGGCAUUGGUAAGCUUUUCAGUUUUGGUGGAUUAGGUGUUUGGACCUUAAUUGAUGUGAUAUUAAUCUCCAUGAGAUAUUUAGGCCCUGCUGAUGGCUCUUUGUAUAUUUAGAUUAUUUAUACAUAUCUUUUUUGUAUAUAUUUUGUAUAAAGUCUAAAUCUUAUUUUAUCAUAAUUUAUUGUAGGCUUUCUCUUUAUAGCAAGAUGUUAUAUUUGUUGAACUAGAUACAAAUUAAUGUGAUAUGUACAUAAGCCGUUUUUAUAAAAAAAGGAAUUUACAUUUGUUUAGUCAUAGACAAUAAUUGUCAACAUAUUCAAGUAGAUUUAGUAGAUAUUGUUUAAUAAUUAAUAUUUAAUAAAAUCUCUAAAACCUUUUAGAAAAUAAGGCAGAUAUAAAAUGUUAGUUCUUUCGCAGGAAUUAUACUGUAAAAAUAAUAUAUAGAAAGUAUUUAUUUGUUAAUAAAAAAUAUAUCACAAAAUUCUAA